UGGUUGUCUGGGGCGAUGGCAGACAUCCUGGAGCUGCGAACAGACGGGAAUUCUCUCCUGAAGGCGGUAUGGCUCCGACGCCUGAGACUCACCAGGCUCCUGCUGGAGGGGGGCGCAUACAUCAACGAGAGCAACGAACGCGGAGAGACCCCGCUUAUGGUGGCCUGUAUGUCGAAACACAGCGACCAGCAAAGCGUGAGCAAGGCAAAGUUGGUCAAUUACCUGUUGGACAAUAAAGCGGACCCCAAUAUACAGGACAAGGCGGGCAGGACAGCUCUGAUGCAUGCCUGCAUCCAGAGAGCGGGACACGAGGUAGUCGCUCAUCUACUAACAAACGGGGCGGACCCCAGCCUGGAGGACAGGAGUGGGGCAUCUGCUCUUGUCUAUGCUAUCAACGCAGAUGAUAAGGAGACCCUCAAGCAUCUUCUGGACGCAUGCAAAGCAAAGGGUAAAGAGGUCAUAAUCAUCACCACUGACAAGUCACCAUCAGGGACCAAAACCAUCAAACAGUACCUCAACGUGCCCCCCUCCCCAGAGCUCGACGAGCGCGGCACCCCCACGUUCUGCACCUCUCCCUCUGAUAUUGACCUGAGAGCCUCCCCCACACUUACCUUGCCUGAGCAGCAAAACACUAUCUUCAGUUUUCAGACAAAAUUGAAAACAGCCUCUAGCACAGCUACAAAGCUUCCCAACGGGCCCACCUCACCCACCCGACGCCUGGCCAACCCCAAACGGGCUCGCCUGCCCCAGCUGAAGCGCCUGCAGUCCGAGCCCUGGGGGCUGAUUGCUCCAUCCGUUCUCGCAGCAGCGGCUCACGAGGAGAGUAAAAGGUCCCCCUCGGACGAGGACGUCGUCACAGGCAUCAAUGGACUGUCUCUGUCCAAGAGGUCAACUCUGUCUAGACAAAACAGCGUAGAUGGCAAGGAGGGGCUUUUCCCUCUGGUCAGUGACCAGCCCACCAAGAUGACUUCUUCAUUGUCGGUCCCACCAACUUCCAAAGGGGCGUAUGAGCGCUCUUUGAGCCAGCACCAGCCCCUGGCACGACGCAGCACAAUCCCAACCGAGCAUGACGGCAGUAACACCAGUGGACCUGCUAGUCUGAGAGACACAGUCCACAGAAGAAGACUGGGCACUGAUCACUAUGACUCCGACUCACAGUUGUAUUCUGACUCUGGCGUGGUAGACUCUCCAAAAGUUCCCCUGGAGCGGAGAAAACUCAGCACGUCUCCUCUGGCCCUGCUGACCAGCUCUAGGGAGUCUCUGGACAGCAACGCGAGCACCUCCUCUCCCAGCACAGCCCGCCGCCGCGCCCCUGGCCUACUUGAAAGGCGGGGCUCAGGGACUCUGCUGCUGGACUACAUUUCCCAUACCCGUCCUGGCCACCUGCCCCCUCUCAACGUGAACCCUAACCCUCCCAUCCCUGACAUUGGGGCCAGCAGCAAGCCCUCAUCUCCUCUGGCUACAGGAUUCAGAUCAAUAGCUCCAGUAGCACCAACCUCACCAAAGAGAGGCAACCUCCAGACCAAGAAGAAACUUAUUAGAAGGCACUCUAUGCAAGUGGAGCAAAUGAAACAACUUUCUACUUUUGAGAAAGUGGUGUCCCAGCCAGUGGUGGAGAUGGACGGAGAUGAGAUGACCAGGAUCAUCUGGGAGUUCAUCAAAGAGAAGCUCAUCCUGUCCAACGUGGAUGUGGAGCUGAAGUACUAUGACCUGGGUCUUCCAUACCGUGACCAGACUGAUGACCAAGUCACCAUUGACUCUGCCAUUGCUACUAAGAAAUACCACGUAGCAGUCAAGUGUGCCACUAUUACCCCUGAUGAAGACAGGGUUGUAGAAUUUAGCCUGAAAAAGAUGUGGAAGAGCCCCAACGGAACCAUCAGAAACAUUCUGGGCGGCACUGUCUUCCGUGAGCCAAUCAUCUGCAAGAACAUUCCCAGGCUUGUUCCCGGUUGGACACAGCCCAUCACCAUUGGCAGACAUGCUUUUGGUGAUCAGUACAGAGCAACAGACUUUGUUGUGGACCAACCAGGCAAGUUCAAGAUGAUCUUCUCUCCUGCUGAUGGCAGCACAGGCAAGGAGUGGGAAGUGUUUGACUUCCCUGCUGGUGGCUGUGGAAUGGGCAUGUACAACACAGAUGAGUCUAUUACAGGCUUUGCUCACAGCUGCUUCCAGUAUGCUAUUGGCAAGAAGUGGCCUCUCUACUUGAGCACCAAGAACACUAUUCUGAAGGCCUACGAUGGCCGCUUCAAGGACAUCUUCCAGGAUGUUUUUGAGAAGAACUACAAACCCGAGUUUGACAGCCUGAAGAUCUGGUACGAGCACAGGCUUAUUGACGACAUGGUGGCCCAGGUGCUAAAGUCCACUGGAGCCUUUGUGUGGGCUUGCAAGAACUACGACGGGGACGUCCAGUCUGACAUCCUGGCUCAAGGCUUCGGCUCUCUGGGACUGAUGACCUCAGUGCUGGUGUGUCCUGACGGAAAGACCAUUGAGGCAGAGGCAGCCCACGGAACCGUGACCAGACACUACCGCGAGCACCAGAAGGGAAGGCCGACCAGCACCAACCCCAUCGCCAGCAUCUUCGCCUGGACCAGAGGGCUGGAGCACAGGGGAAAGCUUGAUGGGAACCCAGACCUGAUCAAGUUCUCCCAGACUUUGGAGAGAGUGUGUGUUGAGACCGUGGAAAGUGGCGUCAUGACGAAAGACCUCGCUGGCUGCAUCCACGGCCUGGCCAACUGCAAGCUGAACGAGCAUUACGUCAACACCACUGACUUCCUGGAUGCCAUCAAGAACAACCUGGACAAAGCUCUCGGCAAGUGAAGGAUUCAAGAAGUACAGCUAGAUUGAAAGUGACAUUGUCAUUUAAUGUUUUUGUACCUCAUUUGUAACUUAAUAGGUCAAGAAAUCCACAUGCAUACUGUCAAAGGAAGAAGUACUGUGUAAAGAAUGAUGUACUGUGCCCUUACUGUAGGUUCCUGCACCGUCUUGAGCUAUUAUAGCUAGUAACUCCUUCUCCUUUCACCAUGUCCUCACCUCCGACGUUCUAUUUUUGUAUUGUGAAGUACUAUCAAAUACUGUACCAUAAGUUGGGAGUGAUGGCCAUGUCAAAAAUACUUGCUAAUAAAUCUGCCUAGUUUAAUCCUUUGAAUGUGUUCAGACUCCGAACUUCUCAGACCAUAAAGAAAAUGCAAACGUGUAAAGGUAAAUAAAUUUAUUAUUUUACAGUA